AUGAACCGAACACGGGAGGAGGAGGAACCGCUGGUCUGGUUUGCUGUCAUCCAUUCUGUCAGGUUCAUGCCUGUCAUAUCUGCUAAUCCCUCUUUAUUCUACCACAAUGCACUCUCGAUAACCGUGGAUCGGUGCGGCAACAUGAUUCCCGUGGACAAAUACUGUCGCGUCCGCUGGGAACCAUACACCUCCACCGAGAAGCGAACCUGCGGUCUAGCCCUCAUCAAAGAUCACUGGAAAUCGCUAGCCCAGGCGGGUUUUGACACUGUGGAUGCCAUCUUCACGGUCCAGGGCGUCGAGGACAAGCUAUACUUCUUCCGCGGCCUCGAAGUCGUGCGCAUCAAGUUUAAGCCUAAGUCCGGCGGCGACACUAUCGCUGAAGGUCCUUUGAAGAUCUUGGAUAAGUGGAAGUCGCUGGCGGGUACGAAGGUGGACCGUGUCGGCGUGGCUAUUGCUGUGCCCGGUGUUCCUAACCAAGCCUAUUUCUUCAGUGGACCGAACUAUGUCAAGAUUGACGUGGUCAAGGAUACGAUCAUGUAUUGGCCUGCGGCUAUCGCUAAGGAAUGGCCUGCCUUGACGAAGGCGGGCUUUGACUCGGUCGACGCUGCGCUGCAGUAUGCCCGCGUGCAGGUCGUCCCGUCUAAGCCGGAUGUCUUGCGGUGGGGUCUUGCGAAAUGGGAGGAUCAUUGGAAGAGUCUGGACUGGAUUGCUAAUCAGCCGUCCGCUCCCCGGACACAAACUCCUCCGCCUGGGUCUCAGGGACAGGCUGGUUCUGGAGCUGGAGCUGGAGGAUCUCAAGGGCAGCCAGCACCUCAACCUAAACCUAAACCCUCCAAGCUUCUCAUCUCCGGCUAG